GGCCCCUUUCACUCCGCUGCUCCCCGGAACCUGCCUAAGGACUCAUGAUGAACGAUUCGGACCUCAACGGGCCGACACAAGAGCAGGCACGUGAGGUCGAACGUUCACUCAGAGGUGGGGUGAGGAAAACUGAUGGGGAAAGCACUGCCAGGCGCCGGAAUGGCGGUGGUAGCCGCAUCAGGAGCCCCGGGGAGCAGCCUACCGGUAGGAGGGAGUUGGUGGGAGAGGAGGAUAGCGAUGGGGUGGAUAAGGCACUUACCCAGCCAAAGUUCGUUAUUCAAUAUUCACCUCUAGGAUGAGACGAUGCUGAUACUGAAUUUAGUAUGUGGUGGGUCACCUCUACCGCGUUUCCGCUUAUGGCGGCGGCAUUCGGGCCGCCGGCCAAUCUGAUGUCUGUAUGCGCGCUUGUGCAGUCGUGGCGGGUACAAAUACCACCUGGGGGGAAAGAGACGGAGGCGGCGGGAGUCGACGAUCCGGCUUGGUAAGCGAUUUUUUUCGUGAUAGGUGACAUGUCCUUGGCCGAACUGUUUACUGAUCCGUGUAUUGGUGCCGCAGGCUUAUCGCUAUCAACGUCGUGUCUUUAGCAUUCGCUCUAAUUGCCAACGUUUGUCUACUAUUAACAUUUGCUCGCCGAAUACGCUAUCAAUUAUCCCAACCGAUAGUAAUAAUUUUUUGGUAUGACAUUCUAUAUCCUCUUACCCUCUCACAAUAGAUAUAUCUCUGAUAGAAAUAGGUAUAUAUCUUCAUUCUUGCUGGUCGCUCUUGUUGCCGCUGCAUCAAAGCACCUCCGGCUUUACCCCCCUCAAGAAUUUGCCUUCUCUCAAUCCUACUACUACGGCAUACUAUCUUCGGCGCUAUAUUUCAUCGUAGCCACUUUCCUACUCUCGAACUAUUUCAAUAGCAUAAUAUUAAAACGCUACCCGCCAAUCUUCAAUAGGCCAACCCUCCCCCAGCGAUCCGUGAUGCUCCAGACAAUAAGUCUCACCUUUUACCUUGGCGUCGGGGCUCUGGUAUUCAGCAAGGUAGAAGGAUGGGAGUAUGUCGACGGGAUAUACUGGGCUGACUACACCCUCUUAACCGUCGGCCUGGGCAGUGACUUCAAGCUAGAGAAAAACCUCUCAAGGGCCCUGCUGAUCCCGUACGCCAUCGGCGGCAUAAUAAUCCUAGGUCUGGUGGUUGGCAGCGUUCGCUCGCUGGUUCUGGAACGUGGAAAGAUAAAAGUAAAACGUCGAGCGAUCGAGAAAGAGAGAAUGAAAUGGAUAAAGCGACUACAAGAUCAAGAACAGGAGCAAGAAGGGAACCCAUCUCGGCCCAAAAGCGAAGAAGAAAAACUCCACGAUGAGUUCUGCCUCAUGCGCAAGAUCGAGAAAACCGCCAAUAGGAAGAGUAAAUGGGCCUCCCUCGCCACCUCCCUGACGGCGUUUCUGUUCCUCUGGUUGGGCGGCGCCAUGGUCUUCACAUUCUCGGAGCGGCGCCAGGAAUGGUCCUACUUUGAGUCCUUAUACUUCACUUACGUGACGCUCUUGACGAUUGGGUACGGCGACCUCUACCCGGAGUCUAAUUCGGGAAAGCCAUUUUUCGUGGUUUGGACCAUGAUCGCCGUGCCCGCCCUUACAAUCUUGAUAUCGAACAUGGGCGAUACGGUGGUGCGGAUGAUCCAGAAAGCCACAUUCUGGGUCGGCGCGAAGACAAUCCUGCCAGAUUUGGACAUUAACAUCUCACUCACCCAGAGGCUCAAACAUAUGAAACGCACCCGGCUGGGAAAACAACUCGAGAAAUCCCCCGCAACCACCACCAACACCUCACCAGGGUGGUCACAUAACCCACAGGAAGAAAAAGAGCCACUGCCAAAACAAUUGGCAGCAGAAAUACACAUGCUGACAAAACACAUGACCAGCAAGCCGCCAAAGAAAUACUCCUUCGAGGAAUGGGUGCGAUUCUUACGACUACUGGGGAUUGAGUGGAAGGCGGGGGGCGAGUGGAGUUGGUUGGACCAGGACGGCCCAUUGGCGAGUUCUUUGAGCGAGACCGAGUGGCUGCUCGAGAAGAUGUGCCAGAGGUUGGAGGGGAAUAUCGAAAAGUUGGGUGAGAAGGAGGGGAUCAGAGAUGAUCAUGAAUCACAGGGGGAUAACCAUUUGUGAGAUGUAUCAUAGGCAGGUGAGAGGGGGGGGGUGCUGUUUUCGCCGCUUUGUUUGAUUACUUUUUCCUUUAAGUACGUACAUAUACCCGGGUUUGGCACAGUGCAGACUCGGGGGAUCUCGGGGCUUCCUUUAUAACUCGGCUUGUCUUUUCCUAAUGUACAUGAUAUUAUGUGUGAACUCCCAAUCCAGAUCUUUCCUUUCG